AUGAGCACGCCUGAACUUUCAUCUCGGGUUCUAAAUUGCGUGGCCCGUGUUACUGGCGAGCCAUGCAAAUUCAUUCUCGAUACUCGUGCAAACCCUUUCCAAGGGGGGCAGCGUCUCGUGUUUGCCCUCGAAUCGGGGGAGAGCCAGCGGUUCGCGGUUCGUGUGGACCGCAACGUCUCCGAGUUCACUCGGAGCAUGACAGAGGAGGAGAUCGAAAUGCUUAAAUCCAUGAGAAAUCUUCAACUUCCACAUCUCCCCUCCCUUGUGCAUUAUGAGCUCGAGCCGUCUCCGCCUCUGGUCGUAACAAACUGGGUGGAUGGACACGAGCUCACAUGGUCUGAUGCCACGCCUGCACCCCAUAUACAAAGGCCAGGGAUAUCGGCGCUAGAUUGGAUCACGGGAAAGAUUACCAGAUCGAGGGUCAACCGUGCGGCAGAGGGUAAGCUGCAAGGCGUGUCUUUGUCAGACGCUGAACGUCUGAAAUCGCAGAUACCCGACUUUCAUCUGCCCUGCUUCGACCAAGAGCCUCGAGUUUUGGUUCAUGGCGACUUGAAAGCGUCAAACAUCAUUAUGAAUGGUGACAAGCUGGCCAGGCAAGUUCUGGCCAGCAACGUGAUUGACUUGGGCUUCGCACAGCUGGUUCCGUUGCAAUUCGCGACUUUCUACCCGGCAUUUCUGACAAACGAGCCGCGCCGGACGGGGGACACCUUCGAUUGGUCUUCAUGUUCGUAUUCCGAAAGGCAAAUGGAGGACCGCAAAUUCUUCCUUCAGUGCAUAAAGGACCUGGCGCCGAUCAAGGGCCGCGAGGCGGACGUGUACUUUGAGAUCCUCGCCCGAGACGACCAAGAAACGCGGCACUGGUGGCUCUCUGCCGUAUCCCGCCUCGACAUGAUGGUGGCGUUGAAUAGCAAGCCGUGA